AUGACAUCACAACGUCGCCCCACCCCCGUGUGCUCCCAGUUUGAUCUGGGAGCUCUAGAGGAAGACUCUGAUGCUGAUAGUGAUGAUAAUAUGAAUGAUGACAGUUCUGCUCCAGUCAAAUAUAAUACUCAAGAUUUGUCCGUCCGUGGUCGUUUACGUCGUUUGCUGAUCAGAAACCCUCAUACAAGACUAGCUACAACAUUUUUUGAUUUGAUCAUUAAAGUGGUGAUAUGUUUAACCUACGUAUCACGGGUCUUACUAGAUACCCCAGAUCAGUAUGCUUGUGAUGGAUCUCCGUGUGACCCAGGGGGAGGAAAUGAAACCCAAACUCAAUCCACAGCCACCAUAAAUUGGUUUGUGAUGUUAUGGGUUCAGAGACCAAUGGGUAUAUGGAUUAUACAGAUACUGCUCUCAGUUAUCACCCUUCUCAAGGCCUCAGUUAUGGUCUAUAUCUCAGCUAAGGGUCACAGAAGGGAACAGAUGCUUUCCACUCAUUUUAUUUUGGAACUGGUCUGCACGGUUCCUGUUUUAGCCACAGUGUUCUAUCCAAUCCUACUACAGAAUCUCUUCCUACCAGUGUUUCUCAAUGUUUGGUUGGCUGAACAUGCUCUUGAGAGAGUUUUUAAUGACCUUCAUUUAACUCGUCAAAGAUUCCAAACUAUGUCGGUGACGUUAUCACAACAAAUUUUACUGCUGAUAGCCAGUGUCUUCUGUCUGGUUUUUACUACAUAUCUGGUUUGGACAAAUGUUUAUGAUCGUUAUGAUCUGUGUGGCCUUGGUCUUCGUUCCCAGACAGAACAUAUAGUAUGUGAAGAUGAAUUUAAGUUUGCACUAUUAGCCAAUAAUUGCCUGUAUCCAGGGUUAUCUACCUUGGUAUCAUUACUGGUUCAUACAUCAGACGGACAAGAGGCAGAACUGGCCAAUGAACAAUGGCAGCAACUUUACGGUCGUCACUCUGGCAAUGAGAUCUACCACAUUCAACUGGCCAAAAGCUCCUUCUUCAGUCGAUACGAAGGCAAGAAAUUCACUGAAGCAUCUGCAGAUGCUCAUCAGAGAUUUGGUGUAGCAUUGCUAGCCAUCUUAGAUACCCAGACCUCUGAACCACGCCUACAGCUGAAUCCUGGGCCCACCUACACUAUGAAACCCACUGAUUACUGUUUUUAUAUGUCAGUUACUAAAGAAGAAUACUCUCAGAUCAGUCCUGAAGCUCUUCGAGAUGAUGUUGACAAAUCAGCCAAACAAUCCAAAACUUUAG